UAGCAGCAAUGCUGGCAAACUCUUUCAAAACUGGUUUGCCACUAUUUCCCUUGCUCCGACAAGUGUCCCUGUUCCCACUGCCACUGGUUCUUCUCCAGUCGUUUCCCUCCAGAAAAACACAAGAGGGGGCUUCCAUGGAUGCGAUCAGCCUUGAUGAGUGGGAGCUCCUGCCUGACCACAAGAGCUCCUUCUUCCUGGAAGAGGACUGCAGCAAUGGCAGCCAUGGCGCUGUCGGCGGCGGUAAGGACCAGCUCUUGCUCGGCACCGAGCUGGUCGUGAUCGACAUGGAUCACUUCGGCCCUGCAUCUCAUCCUCCUCCCUAUGAUUGCAUCCCAGAUGAGGAGGCGGCGGCCAAGAAACCACUCCUCCUACCAUCACAAGAUGCCUGUGUCCAUGAUCCGGACAUCGAGUUCAUGGACAUCGCCGCCUUGCUGACCGAUCCGAAGCGAGAGGAGCUCGUGAGCAAGGUGACCGAGAUACUGAUCUAUGAAGCAGAAGAUCAUGACGACGAGAUGGUCAAGUCCCCUGAUGGUGUCAAGGAGGCUGAUCAGGACGAGGUGCUGGUUGAAGCUCCUGCACCUGAUGAUCAGCGAGCUCGGGAGGAAGAAGAGGGGGUCAGCAGAACGGGCUUCAGCGUGGGGAACCUGAGGGUGAACGGUGUCGGGGCGCUCUGCUCGUUUGGGGUUGCGGCUGCCACGUUUGUCAUCUUCCUGCUUGGAGGCAAGGAGCAGCAGAAGAGGCAUCAGGAUCACAAGAUCCAGCUCCAGAUGUACGCCGAUGACGAGAGGAUUCAGCAGGUUGUGCAGCAGGCAUCCAGACUGAACCAGACCAUGUCGUCGGUCAUGGGAGGCGCAUCGUCGGCACGGGCGAGCAUAUCGUUUGGCGGGUACUAUCAGGGGUUUUGAUGCGUCAGGAACUUGGAACUUCAUGCGUGAUUAGCACUAGAUCAUCCUGUAAUUUAAUGUUUGCUUUGUACAUUCUUUAUACUGGCCAGGGCCCAGCUGCCAGCGACCUGUGUGCACACUAGCAUUCUCUUGCAUCAUGUACAUUUGCUGUUCCUGCUACUAGAUGUGAAUAGUACCUGUAUUAUAGAUCAAAUUGUAAGAGCAUCAAUUAUGCAGAAAAAUGAAUAGAUAUCAGAUGCAAAAAAAAAAAGUUUGAGGGCUUCAUGGUUC